ACAUGAGCGCCAACUUUUUUACCACAGUAAACGACUUUUUUGUACCUGUGAAAGAUGCAGGGAUCCAACAGAGCUCAAUACGUAUAUUAAUGCGAUCAAGUGUACAAGUUGUGAAGAGGGAUACAUGACUUUUGCACUAGGAGACACUCUAUGGAAGUGUGAAUUAUGCGGUGCAAAUUCCUCCAUAUCUGAUAUAGCUGCUUUAAAAAGUAAUAUUGAAGAUGAAAUAAAUGGAGCAACUGGUGAUAUGGUAACAUUGGAAUCUCUGUUACAAAAAUACUCUAAGAUAUUGCACACUAAUCAUUUUCUAUUGAUUCGUAUAAAGCACAAUAUUCUAAUGAUUUUAAAUGAAAUUUUAUUUCAUAAAAAAGCUGAAGAACUUAAAGAACGUAAAAUUCAAUUACACGAAGAAAUCUUGCCUCUUGUACGUUUAGUCUCGCCUGGUAUAUCGAAGCUAUAUGCUUUCGAAUUGCAUGAUUACCUUUCAAGUUUCAUACAGUUAGAUCGAAAUUAUAUACCCAAGGAUAGCAUAGCUGAUAAGAAAAAUGCAUAUAAAAUUUUAAACAUAAUGGAAGAAGUUUGUAAAAAUUUGGCUUACGAACUACCGAAUACCCAGGAAGGUGUAUUGCUCCAACAACUGCUAAGUUUAAAAAAAACAGUGAAAGCUCAAGUAAAUAGUUCGAAGUAGAAGACGGUGUUUUUUUGUGAAGUUUCCUAAGUACUUCCAAAAUAGGUUGCUGUCAUCUAUCCAAAAAUGGAGGUUUAAGUGUUGUAGGAACGAUAUUAAUAAUAGUUAGCACCCAUAAAAAUGAUAAAAAUUACUAAUACCUUAUAUAAUAUUUAUUAUAAAAAUAUGAAUGUGUUUUGAGAAUGUUUAAUCGCAUUUAAUACUGA